AACUGUAUCGGCAACAGUGCAUGCAACCUGACGGACGGUGCGCGGUGGACGCGUCUUGGGCCGCUUGCAUCGUUCCAGCCAUCAGUUCGCAUCAAUCAGUGGUUUGUUUUGUUUGCACGCCCAGCUCCUCCGCCGCCGUUUGGGGCUUCUCUACCCACGCGCGUCCCGAAAUUUUGCCGCUUCUUUAAAUUUAAACCCUCCGACAUUAACCACUUCACCAUGGUUUCGUUCUGAUCAACCGCGAACCUAAUCUUUCAUCCUAGACGGUGGUUUCUCAGUGAUUUUUAUGAGUUGACAGUGCGUGGUGCUUUCGUUCCUCUGGCUUCGCUUUUCGCGUCGGUUUCAUUUCUCCGGAAAACCAAGUUCGGAAUAAUGCGUGAAAACUGAGAUUUGAAGCUGCUUUGCUGACCGAGCAAGAUGGGAAAGAAACUCAAACAUUUCACGAUUAAAUUUUGCAUCAAAAGCCUUUAUACGCAUCGAAAAAACUAGGAGAAACUCACCUUGCGCUGUAAGACACGGUACUCGAAGACUUAAUUGCGUGAAUAAUACUCGAUAAGUACGAGUAAAAUACCUACAAAAUGUUCAGACAGUGAAAGUGCCAAAUCGGAAAUACGUUCGCCGAGGAACGUAACCAGCCCAAACGGAUCUCAAAACGUGUAGACAAUUGAAUGAUUGACCGCUAGAAAGUAAUUUGUGGAAAAUAAAUAAGGAUUGAAACGGGGACGGUAUAGAUUGUGGUGAAUCUCAACGGAUCUCAAUACGUAGGCAUUUUAAUAUAAGACUUUUAGGAAAUAAAUUGUUGAAAGGAUGAAGAUCUAAACAGAAUUAACGUGGAGUGCGUGAAUCUCAACUAAUCUCAAUAAUCUUAAUGAAAGACUUCUAGUAAAUAAAUUGGUGUUCGAAUAGAAAAAAAAUCCAAAUGGAGUAGGUAUAAAUUAGAACCCUUUCCCUACCCGGGCUUUUCUCUAAUCUAGUGGAUUUUGAUAAUCAGCACAAUGCUAGUUUACUGAUUUGAUCGACGUUUAAUUCAACAUUUUAUGUACGGUAUGGUUGGAUAAAUCCAUACGCAAACCACUCAGUUGGAAGUAGGUCAAAAUCCGAGGAUAUGUUGUAGCUAUACACCUUGUCUGGUAUAUACAUUAUACAUUUUGAGGAAACCGAAUCUGAUUGCAAAUCAAAAUGGAAUCGAUCGAGGAUAGGUUGAAGUCUAAGGGCGGGGAGAAGAGGCCCGAGAAAGACGGCGAUUACGGGGAGCGGAAGAAGAAACCCUCGAAUUUGGAACUGAUCAAGAUCUGCCUGCGGAACACUACAGUAGAGCCCCUGAUCGGGUUCUACAUAAUCCCAUGCGUCCUGGCCAGCCUGGCCACGCAGAACCUGAGCUUGGACAAGGCCUGCCGGGUGAACCUCCGCUUCAACUCGAGCGUUUGCGAUGCACUCGUCGACCGCAACACCAAGAACUACACCCAGCAGGAGACAGAGGUCCAGCAACUGGUGGCCGCCAUGUCCAUCUGGAAGACCAUCCUCCAGAGCUCCAUCCCGGCCGUCCUGAUCGUGUUCCUGGGCAGCUGGUCGGAUCGGAACUGCCGGCGGAAGCCGCUGAUGUUGAUCCCGGUCAUCGGCGAGUGCUGCACGGUCAUCGGGCUUCUCUUCUGCACGUACUUCUUCUACGAGCUCCCGAUGGAAGUGGCCGGGCUCUGCGAGUCCCUCUUCCCGGCGCUCACCGGCGGGUGGAUGACCAUGUUCAUGGCCGUCUUCAGCUACAUCGGCGACGUCACCAGCGUCGAGAACCGUACCCUCCGCAUCGGUGUGGUCAACGUCUUCUGCUCCCUGGGCGUUCCCAUCGGCACCGCCCUCUCGGGGAUCCUCUACAAGUUGAUCGGGUACUACGGGGUCUUCUCCAUAUCCGCCUGCAUGUACAUGAUCGGGCUCUCCUACGGGGUCCUCUUCAUCAAGGACAGCACCAACUACUUCAAAGCCAUCCAAAACAACAAUAACAACAAUAAUAAUGUGAAUAGUGUACAGGUGAACUCGAUAUCCAAUUCCGUGUCCGUGGUGCCGGUCAAGGAGUCGUUGCCGCCGAAAAAGAGUGAGCGCGUCAGUUGUUGUGCGUUUCUCCGGGAUUUCUUCGACUUCAAACACUUUUGCUCCGCGCUCCAGGUGACCUUCAAAAGCGGGGACAAGGACCGGAAAACCAAGAUUGUUCUUCUCAUGAUUGCGAUCGUUGUAAUCAUGGGACCUUUACACGGAGAAAUGCACGUGUCCUACUUAUUCGCUCGGUACCGGUUCAACUGGGACGAACUUGACUAUAGUAUUUUUUCAACGUUCUCAAUGAUAACAAGUUUAGUAGGUACUUCGAUAUCCGUCGGGGUAUUCAGUCAUCUACUGAAAAUUGACGAUUCACUAAUUGGCGUGAUGUCCUGUAUGAGUAAAAUCCUCGCUGGAUUUAUUUAUGCCUACGCCCCAACUGAAACUAUAUACUAUUUAGGUUCCUUAGUCGAUAUUGUGAAUGGAACGUCAUUCAUUGCCGUGCGCUCCAUCAUUUCAAAACUCGUGCCAGCUGACGAAUUAGGCAAAGUCAACUCAAUUUUUGGAGUGAGCGAAGCGCUGGUCCCUCUAAUUUACGGACCAAUGUACAGUGCUGUGUAUAGUGCCACCCUACAUUCCAUGCCUGGUGCAUUUUAUCUCCUCGGAGGUGCCCUAACAAUGCCUGCUGUGAUCAUAUUUUUGUGGAUAUAUUUUAACGACAAGCGGCAAUUGCAGAAGCUGCAAAGUGCGAGCAAAUGCCCGGAGAGUCAGUUACCGGCCGUCGACGGCGAGGAACUGAGCAAGGUGACGAAGGUAGAGCAUCGGAACAACCACAACACGCUCCUCUGCGGAGUGACGAACCAAGGCUUCCAGAGUGGAGAGAUCCUCAACAACUGUUCCAACGGCAUCAAAUGCUCAUGAAGAAACGGCCGAAAGGUUCAUCAUACCUCCAAUCGUCCCCGUAAAACUAGGGGUGCGUCCGCGGGGCUCUCUGCCUGAACAGCUCCCCGUCUUGAGGGCGUUCGCUGCGGUGGGACGGACCCGAAGUUGAUUGUAAAAAGUCUAUGGUCCGUACUUAUUUUGCGAGAGAUUCCAGUCCCGAUUUAAACAGCUUUUUGAAGCCUCUUCAGACUAGAACAUUCAAGUCGGCGAAAAAGGGCUUGACUGGUUUCAUUACGAUCAGAAUGGCUUCAUUAUGUAAAACAGGCAGUCGUCACUCUGAUGUCCAUGUAUCCCUGACUCCAUACUGAGCUCCUCUGGGUUUUCGGUUUACACCGUUUUGUAACGGCAGUCUUGCCGCAGGUCAGCCCGCCGGGAAAAUAAUGUAUGGCAUGAAAAACUUAUCAACAUCUUAAGUGAGUAGUACCCAGGUAGCACAGACUGCAAUUAAUUGCAAUUAUAUGUUAACAUUUUUGCUAUUGUGCAGGAAUGUUGAGUAUGUUGCCUAUUCUCUGAUUGAAGGGGCACCUCUUAUUGCAAACACAAUUGCCUCAUCUUUGCAAAAAAUUGAAAUUUUAUUGCAAAAUUGUACGUGCAAUUUUAUUUUUGUUACAUUGUACUACUGGGGAAAAAAGAAGGACGGCGGCAAAUCUACGAACUUUAGUUAGACUUUUCAAUUUUCGGAUGGUCACUGACCAUAAUAUUAGGUGUACCAUGGCAGUAAACGAAGGUCCGACUUAGGAGCGUCACUUGAAAAGAAUUGAAAGGGCGACCCGACUUUGAGACAUGACCUUUUCUGCGAUAAUUUUGUUCAAUUUGAGGGCAUGUUGUAAGAUUUUUCGAAUUGUUGCCCUCUCACUCCAGAAAAUGCCCCAAUAUUUUCGCCCUAUCUUGGAAAAAUGUUAUCUCUCCUUUUUCAAUUCGGAAUUUACUCCUAGGAACACGUGAUCAAGGUCAAAUAUUUUUUGGAUUUUGCCGAUUUUGGUUGAAACAUCAAAACAUCGAGACGACCUACUUGCCUUGAAAAUCACGAAUCUCACAUUUUAGGGCAAAAAAAUGGACGUAUUUAUGCUAAAAGAACCCAUGUUGCACGCAACCCCUAUGCGAAUAUAGUUCCUUUCAGCAUGAGUAUUUCCAAGCGUAAAUAGCUGUCAAAACGCACACGUGUCGUAAUUUUAAGGAAUUGAACAUAACAUAAUUGUAUAAUCUUAGUGGCUGUGUUAAAGAAAAAAAUUGAUUAAUUUUGAACUUUCCAAUUUGCCUUCAGUGUUAACGGAUUUUAAAUUGAAUCUGAAACAAUUUAAUAUCCGUCGAAUAGUGUCAGCAAAUGAAAAAGUAUAUCCUUAAAUUGCCCAUCUAAAGGCGCACAAUUCCUCAACAAGACUUAUAAAUAAGUAGAGUAUAGAAAAGUAUUGCAUAUUUGUGAUUAUCAAAAUAAUUUAAUGCUCGUCUUCCAAGAAAGUUAUCAUUUUUAAGACUUCAAACGCUUAUAAUGGCAGCCCGCAGCUGUCUUUCCUUUUUGUUAUGCGUAAGUGGACUCGUCACUACUUUUUUAUUUACGGACGCUUUGUCUCCUCAGGUCAUUUUCAUGAAAUUUGUCCCGGGGUCAAAACGCGGUACUAAUAAAACUUCAGGGAUUUUUCGUAGUAACUGCUCCCACAGGAUAGGGCUCUACGCACGUCUACAGAACACGUUCCUACCUGUGCGGUAGGAUAAAUGAAGAAAAAUCAACUAUUUAACCGAAAUUGUGAUAACUGAACACAGUUAAAAAUUAUACGAAUCAUUCAAAUUAAACGGAUACGAACAAUCAAGGGAACACAACAAAAUAUCACACAAUUUGCUUCUUAUUCUUCUUCCUUUCUCAUUUUGUCGCUGAUCUCUACACGGACCGCACUUUAUACUUCAAUUAUAUGUAGUUUGAGUUUACGUUGUUAAUAUUCAUCCCGACUUCGCAAGUGAGACUUUCCCUGCGACAAAUCUCAUGAAAACGUCUGGUGGAGACAAAGGCUCUGUAUUUUAUUCCUAAUGUUUAUUAUCUUUUGAAAGAUGCCACAGUUUUGUAUAUUUUGUAAUAAAAAUUGUUUUACUCGGACUUUUGCGCAAUUAAACCGGACAUCAUGUUUUUUCAACCCCUGAUAUAGCUAUAGUUUAGUUCCCAACUCGACUUUAAUUUUGUCAUCAUUUUUGUUCAGUAGUUGUUGCAAAAAUAAGUUCCAGAUAUAAUUAUUUUUCAUUUUUGUGAUGUUUUUCUAGCUUGUUAUUUAUCUUGUCCAGUACCUGAGUUAUUUAUUAGUACAGAUACUCAUGUAAAUA